CCUUCCUCUUCCUUACCUCUCAACAAAGAAACUCAUCAUCCUCACGGGCAGCUUCACUCUCUGUCACUCCUCCUCCCUCCUCACCUCUCCACCUCUUCAUACUUCCUCCUCUCAUCACCCACCUUCUCCGCCUCCCGAUCCCCCCAAUAACUUUAUCGCACUGUACCCCCCUCGCCACCUUUCUCCAACAUACUUCCUACGACCUAAGAUCGACCUCUUAAAUCCUCCCUCCUGCUACCAACUCGACAAUAUACCUUCCCACCUCAAACAAACCCACAUCACCAAUUCAAGAUGUCUCAACAGGAUACCCGCGACCAGUCCGGCGCUGAAGAUGUCGUUGACGCGAUGGAUCGCCUCAACGUUGAUGGUGAGCGCCUCGGACCAGAUGGCGAGCCAGCCCCAAAGACCGAGGAGGACUACGCCAUUGCUCAAUUGACCCUCCGCGCGAUUGUCUCUUCCAAGGAGGCCGGUGUUAUUAUCGGAAAGGCCGGAAAGAACGUCGCAGACCUCCGUGACGAGACUGGUGUGAAAGCUGGUGUCAGCAAGGUCGUCCAGGGUGUGCACGACCGUAUCCUGACCAUCACUGGUGGAUGCGAUGCCAUCUCAAAGGCCUACGCGAUUGUCGCCAAGGCCCUUCUGGAGGGCGCCCCAAUGAUGGGCAUGGGUGGACUUGUCUCAACCACCGGCACUCAUCCCAUCAAGCUUCUCAUCUCUCACAACCAGAUGGGCACGAUCAUUGGCCGCCAGGGUCUUAAGAUCAAGCACAUCCAGGACGUCUCCGGCGUCAGGAUGGUUGCCCAGAAGGAGAUGCUUCCCCAGUCCACCGAGCGAAUUGUCGAGGUCCAGGGAACCCCAGAGGGUAUCCAGAAGGCGAUCUGGGAGAUCUGCAAGUGCCUGAUCGAUGAUUGGGAGCGCGGAACCGGCACUGUCCUCUACAACCCAGUUGUCCGCACCCAGACCGGUGGCGGACAAGGCGGCGUUCGCAACGAGGGCCGCGAAUACAGCAGCCCACGUGUGAUGCGCACCGGCAACGGAGCCGAUUUCAGCCAGGAGGCACCAAGGACCUUCAACCGCCGCUCUGAUGGCGAGACUGCCGGCCGUGGCGUCCCAACACACGACGAGAACGGAGAGGAGAUCCAGACACAGAACAUCAGCAUUCCUUCCGACAUGGUUGGAUGCAUUAUCGGCCGUGGUGGAAGCAAGAUCAGCGAGAUCCGCAAGACCUCCGGCGCCAGGAUCUCUAUUGCCAAGGCUCCUCAUGAUGACACUGGCGAGAGAAUGUUCACCAUCAUGGGCAGCGCCAAGGCCAACGAGACCGCACUUUACCUCCUGUACGAGAACCUCGAGGGCGAGAAGAUGCGCCGCAGCCAGGGCAACGCCCAGGAGUAGGCUUAUCACCGAAUACCUCCCAAGUCGUGAUCCCUGGUGUUCUGCAUGGGUUUGAGAGAGAUCUGGCUUGCCGCAAGGCUAACUUGGUUGGGCGGCUCUUGAUCCCAGCGACUUUUAUUUGAACUCACUUUCCUUCCAACAAAGCAUUUUACGACUGGAAUUAUUUUCUUAUCUGAUAUAGCUCAGAGAUGAACGAUCUUUUGCGGGCGCCGUGAGCGAUUGCUCUUGGCGCCCGGUCAUCCAACGAUUCAAACAACUCGACAUUGACAUUCGACAACUCGAGGCAGCCGACCUACUGGCUCGACUUCUUAUGGAAACGACGUCCUUUUCGAACCCUACGAGAAUCGUCCUAAUCUCGUCAUCACGCGGCUAUGAUCAGAAUAAUCUCAUAAGUUUACGAAUCACGAACGGCUUCUGCAUUCUUGCUUGUCCACACACUUGAUCGCUUUCGUUCGACCUCUUCGACUCUUUUCAAACACCAAACCUCUGACGAAUAAUUGGGGGAUGUGUUUGAAUAUUAUCCUUUGGUUUUCCGUUGGGCAGCCAGCGGGGUAUUUUGCCAGGAACUGGAAAUCAGAUUUCCUGGCGGGUUAGGGAGAGGCAGUAGCUAGCAGUACAAGAUCCAAUACAAGCACGAACGUG